CAAGAAAACUAAAGUAUCAAGAUACAAAAUAAAUUGAACCGUUUGUUAAUAUAGUACAUUUUAAUGAAAUGGAAAGCACAAGCGUCACUGGUCGACGACGAAACAAUACACGAGUGAAUGCAGAGGACAACGCUCUAGAUCAAAUCACAAAAGAGGCUGAAGCGCGUCUUGCUGCACGUCGUCAGGCACGUGCUGAAGCGCGCGAGAUACGUAUGAGAGAGCUUGAACGCCAACAAAAGGAACAAGAACAAAAUGCUGACCGGGUAUUUGAUAUGCACAACUCGAGUGCCAGUUUUGGUAGUGACUCGAUCUCGGCACAUCCUGCACGUCUCGUCUUUGGCGGAUUAAUAAAUAUUACUCGAAAUACGGCAUCCCGACGUAGUAGUGAAGAUUCUUUGGAGGAUGAAGGCAGAAGCUUACGCGACUUCAAGCACGAGCUUAACGAUGUCGAAGAACGUUUCCGGAAAGCUAUGAUAACCAAUGCACAGCUAGACAAUGAUCGUGCAUCACAGUCGUACGAAGUCAAAUUACUUAAGGACAAAUGUGAAACCAUGCAAGAGGCAUUCGCACAGCUGCAGCGCGAGUUUAAAGAGAAGUCGCGUGACUGCAACGCAAUUAAACGAAACUUAGACCGCACCACUGUUGAGCUUAAGCUAGUUCAAGGUCAGCUUAGCGAGCGAGAUUCAUUGAUUGCAGAGCAGGGCCUUGUGAUUGUUGCAAUUGAAAAUGCCGAUGGCAGUGAUGCCAAGCGAGCUCUAGUCAGUGUUGAAAAUGCUAAUGUACUGGCUUCCGUUCAGGGUUCUUUAGAUGUAAGAAUACAAAAGUUUAGCGAUGAAAAGCAGCAAUUACUAUCCGAAGUGCAGAAGCUGCAAAAAAUAAUUAAAGAGUAUAAAAGCGAAGGAAUUGUUGGAACUGGCUCACCGGGUCCCUUUGGUAAAGACAACGAUUAUGAGGCUCAAAGAGAAGCAAACAAAAUCAUAUCAGACUAUAAAUAUAAGCUACAAAAGGCUGAACAAGAAAUGGCUAAUCUUCAAUCGAGCUUAGCCCGUUCAGAGACGCAAGUUAUUCGAUACAAAAGCACCGCAGAAGCCGCCGAAAAGGCAGAAGCAGAAUUAAAAGUGGAACGCCGUAAGCUACAACGUGAGCACCGUGAAGUUUUGGAAAAACUGGAAGAAACAGAGACAGCUAAUAACCAUUUAUUGAAACGACUUGACAAAUUAAAAAAUGCGAAAAGUGCCAUUCUUAAGGACCUAUGACCUAAGAUGUUAAAUCGCAUCGAUAUCCUCAACCCCAGCCACGACACUCAUGCUACUGAGGACAUCUAAAAUAAUACUUAAUCAAUAUAACGUAAAUAUUGCAAGUAAAAUUGUUGAUAGCGCUGUUUAAUUAAUCAUAAU